CCCACCCCUUAGUCGAAUACUUGUCCUUUAACGACUGGGCUGAGCUGAUUUAUGUGUACCAGCACAAACGAAACGAGUUCGUCGAUACAUUGAAUAGGAUGUCGAGGGCGACUACUACCGUGGCUGAAGCGAUUAGGGUGGACAAUAGGACGUUGAAUGUGAGCACCAUUGAUGCGGAAGUAAAGUUUGUGAAGAUCUGGGGUGCAGACUCACAAUUCCACAGAGAGAAGGAGGUGCGCAGUGUGGUGGUAGCCGAUGAGGUAGCUUUGGAAGAUGAAGAGGAUGGGAUGACUGAGGAGGAGAAAGAAUACUUGAGGAUGAAGGAUCUCGAGGUGGCCAGGACCAAAGCGGGUCUCGUAACUAGUAAGAGGAAAUCGUUUACGGAUACAAGGAGGAAUGAGUUCCUUCCCCUUGCCUCUCCCAGAUGGAUUGAGACGAUGUCCACAGUUUUCUCUGGCAAGAUCUAGUCCCUGGAGACCUUCAACUUUCUUGCACCGUUAGAUCAGAGGGGGUACAGAUUGUUAGCAUCUCUCACACAAGAUGAGAUGAAGGUUGCGUAUGAGAGAGCUCUGGAGAUAAACACGUCCCCGCCGG